AUGGCGCCUCCUUCUAGCGACGGGCCAGGGACUGCGCCCACAGGUCUCGAGAUUGCGCCGGUGUCUGCGCCUGAGGAACGCUCAUUCUUUGACUUUCCGUACGAAGUGCGCCUGGAAAUCUACGAAAUGCUCUACAGUCACUCCAGAAUGUUCCAUCUCAAGCUCGACCACGACGGCAGACUCAGACUGCGGCGUGUCAACAACCGUGCCCCGGACGCCGAACCCGUCAUCCCCGUCCAUGCUUUCACCGUAUCGAAGAAAUUCAAAAACGAAGCUUCUCCGAUCCUCUAUUUACACAACACGUUCGGUAUGGAAUGGGAGAAUCUCCAAAGUUGCUUGCCGAAAUGGGAUCAGAGCCAGAGACUGAGCAGCUCGCCGCGAACCAUCGACAUUUGCUGCAAGGACGGGCCUGCGUGGGGCUUGGUCCUCGCCACCAGACUGCUGGUCAACAAGAUGCCAGCUCUCCGUGAGAUCAAUUUCAAAUUUUGCUGCUCAUACAGACUGGCUGCUGCUGCCCUGGAAACCUCCGCUGCCAUAACCCGCUGCGCCCCCGUGUUCCAGGGACUGGGACCGGAACUCGAGCUCGUCGUUCAGCGUGGAAAGAUGCCACUCUCCAACCCUGGUCCACCCGGCACCGAUCUUGAUGUUAUCUGGAAGUUUAUCCACAAGAAAAGUGCAGAGCUGGCAGGCAUCGCGCCCAAAGACCUUCCAUCAACCAUCAUCACUGAAUUCUGUGCUCCGAACUUGUCCCUUAUCAAAUUGAGCGGCGGUAUUUCUCGCUCCCUCCUCGCCAAAAUCCUCCAAUACAGAUGUGUACCCGGCCAUUGUGCCUGGAAGGAAGCUGCUCCAGAAGUGGAGGAUGGUCUGUUCCACUACAAGUGGCAGGCCAUAGACCCGCAUGAGAGGGCAGACAUCCCAGAGGUAAACAUGCGCCAGUGGCAGCCGCCAUUGACAGCAAGGGAACGACAGACGGUGAGAGCGUGUGCCAGGGCCUUCGAAAAGCGUGACACGUCGUGCCAGGACGACAAGCCACCUUCUGGAGAACACGAAACUGCCGGCGACCAGGACGAGGUUGCAUCAGAGGCGAACGCCCUGUUCAAUGGCAAUGCAGAGUCGAGGGACCUUGAGCUAACCGAUGACGGCGAGACGAGUAACGGCGCCUCGUCUGUGGGUGCCGAGGGCAACGAAUCCGGGUUCCCAGGGAAGACCAAAGCUGCAAGAACGACGCCAGCCACCCCUGAAGAUCGUGUGCGGGAUUUGCAAGUGCUGGCUUUUGCCGAUUGUUUUAACGAGCUCGACUUCCGGGGGCAGCGUUUGCAAAUCCCAGGACGCAUUAGAUUCUGCAUUAGGCAACUGCUUUACACUUUCCGCAGGACGUUUGAGCAGGACCAGAACCAGUGCCCGAAUUCGGGUUGA